CGUAAAGUUAAUUUACGUCGCUCUCGGUGACGUGUUUUCGAGACUUCAGUCUGCCAAAACAAGGACCGUCGCUAGGGGAUAUCGUCGGUAAGUUCAUUGAAUACUUUAUGCUUUAUGUAUAAUCUUUAUUGAAGAACAUUUUAUCUAUAGAAGAUUUAGCGUUGCCAAAUUGUUGCUUUACUUUUUUGAUGCAUAGAAGCACAGAAACAUUUACUGCGUUGUAAUUUUUUCAUAUUUUAGUUUUUCAAAUAUCAACACAAACUUUUAAACUAUUUAUAUAUUUAUAAACUGAUAUAUUUCUAAGUCUUUUAAUAGUGUAUUGCAUAAUUUGAACAUACAAUUAAGUAUUCUAAUAAAUAGAAAAUGUCGUUGGUUUGGUUAAUUUCAGGACUUUGUUUUGUCUGACAGAAAAAAGACAAAGACACAGAACUUUCGUGUCAGAUGAUGGUCACCAUGGGGGUCAAAAUGUUUUGGACACUGGCUCUUUUCGUUUUCAUCUACACUUCACAAUCUCAAGGUAUCACGUGAUCAAGUUAUUAGUUAUUUACAAAAUAAGAUGGUAGUCAUCAAAUAAGGAAUUCAUACAUUUAAAUUUAAGAAAUGACGUCAUCAAAAAAAAAGGAAGUCCUGCAGUUUAAUUAAAGAAAGGACGUCAUCAAAUAAGGAAAUCAUACAUUUUCAUUAAAGUAGUGGAAACUUAUCGAAAUUCAAACUAAAUAAUUUUUUUUCUCCUUGGACAUCAUAUCUAUUGAAAAAGAAAAUUUGAUUAAAAAAAAUAAACCAUGAAUUUCGUAGGACAAUUUUGAGUAAAUUUUUGUCUCCUUUCUUAUUUGCUGUAAUUAUUUGAAAUUUGAAUACAUUCUCUAACUCAAUCAACGUGUGUUAAAUAGUAAUUAAUGAGCGAAACAACGUUUAAGAAAACCUGUCAAAUAAGGGAAGAAAAAUAAACGAACGUAUCGGCCAGAAGCCUUCAGCGAACAAACAACAGCAAAACCAACUUAAAAUACAAACAAACUAUAAGCUUUAAUGCAAUAUACGAGAGAAGCAAGAGUAAUAGGACAGACUGUAAGUAGUUGAAGUAUUAGCAAGAGGAUAGUGACAGAACACAAGUAGGUGAGAGGAAAGCAAUAGGAAUAUGACAUGGAAAAGGUAGAUGAAAGAAAAGUAAGAAGAAUGUGUCAUAACACACGUAGGUGAGAGGAAAGUAAGAAGAAUCUGACAUAACACAUGUAGGUGAGAGGAAAGUAAGAAGAAUGUGACAUAACACAUGUAGGUGAGAGGAAAGUAAGAAGAAUCUGACAUAACACAUGUAGGUGAGAGGAAAGUAAGAAGAAUGUGACAUAACACAUGUAGGUGAGAGGAAAGUAAGAAGAAUCUGACAUAACACAUGUAGGUGAGAGGAAAGUAAGAAGAAUGUGACAUAACACAUGUAGGUGAGAGGAAAGUAAGAAGAAUCUGACAUAACACAUGUAGGUGAGAGGAAAGUAAGAAGAAUGUGACAUAACACACGUAGGUGAGAGGAAAGUAAGAAGAAUGUGACAUAACUCAAGUAGGUGAGAGGAGAGUAAGAAGAAUCUGACAUAACACAUGUAGGUGAGAGGAAAGUAAGAAGAAUGUGACAUAACACAUGUAGGUGAGAGGAAAGUAAGAAGAAUCUGACAUAACACAUGUAGGUGAGAGGAAAGUAAGAAGAAUCUGACAUAACACAUGUAGGUGAGAGGAAAGUAAGAAGAAUGUGACAUAACUCAAGUAGGUGAGAGGAGAGUAAGAAGAAUGUGACAUAACACAUGUAGGUGAGAGGAAAGUAAGAAGAAUGUGACAUAACACAUGUAGGUGAGAGGAAAGUAAGAAGAAUCUGACAUAACACAUGUAGGUGAGAGGAAAGUAAGAAGAAUGUGACAUAACACAUGUAGGUGAGAGGAAAGUAAGAAGAAUGUGACAUAACACAUGUAGGUGAGAGGAAAGUAAGAAGAAUGUGACAUAACACAUGUAGGUGAGAGGAAAGUAAGAAGAAUGUGACAUAACACAUGUAGGUGAGAGGAAAGUAAGAAGAAUCUGACAUAACACAUGUAGGUGAGAGGAAAGUAAGAAGAAUGUGACAUAACUCAAGCAGGUGAGAGGAAAGUAAGAAGAAUGUGACAUAACACAUGUAGGUGAGAGGAAAGUAAGAAGAAUCUGACAUAACACAUGUAGGUGAGAGGAAAGUAAGAAGAAUGUGACAUAACUCAAGCAGGUGAGAGGAAAGUAAGAAGAAUGUGACAUAACACAUGUAGGUGAGAGGAAAGUAAGAAGAAUCUGACAUAACACAUGUAGGUGAGAGGAAAGUAAGAAGAAUGUGACAUAACUCAAGCAGGUGAGAGGAAAGUAAGAAGAAUGUGACAUAACACAUGUAGGUGAGAGGAAAGUAAGAAGAAUCUGACAUAACACAUGUAGGUGAGAGGAAAGUAAGAAGAAUGUGACAUAACUCAAGCAGGUGAGAGGAAAGUAAGAAGAAUGUGACAUAACUCAAGCAGGUGAGAGGAAAGUAAGAAGAAUGUGACAUAACUCAAGCAGGUGAGAGGAAAGUAAGAAGAAUGUGACAUAACUCAAGCAGGUGAGAGGAAAGUAAGAUGGGGGACUGAGAAAAUGUCUCGUGUGUCGUGGUAGGCGAGGAGAAUGGCACUUUUUAAAAAAUUUAAAACCUGUUUGGCAAUCUCUGACAUUGUGAGAAUAAGUUCAAUCCUGUCGUCAUUGUCAUUCGGACGAGGCCUGUAAUCAUCAGCACGGGUAAUAUUUUAAACUGUCAAAGCGCCGAUGAAUGCAUUGUCUUCGGGUAACACCUGCAAUGAUUUAGUACACUGUUAAAAUGUAUUCUACUUCUAUGUCUAAGAAAUCGAGCACCCCCCCUCCUCCACUUUCUUUUUUUGCUCGAAAUAUCAACCAUUGUGGUUUUGUUUUUAUUUUUAAUAUUAUUAUUUUAGAUUGAAUUCAUAGCAAGCAUUUAACAAACCAUUCAGCUGUAGUAAAAGCAAAACAAGAAGAUUCAACAUAAUUCUUAAAACGAGCAAAAGGAUGAUAAAUUGUUUCAUUUUGUUUGUUAAGUACCAAGUGUCGCAUGUUUUAAUUGUAAUACUGCUCGACUUCUUUAGAAAGAUCAACUAUAUUUGCGAAACAAGAAAACACAAUUUAUUUUACCAGCUCAUUUACAUUAGGACAUAGUGAUAUUUUUGUUUAUUUAUCUCAUUAAAAAUAAUUAUUACUUUUAAAAAAAAAUUACAGGUGAAUUUACCAAAGAAAAGAUAACAUACCUUACCCUGAAAGAUGGAGAGCGAUCCCAGUCAACAUACGUAGGUCGUGUUGUCAUUCAAAUCAAUAACGAAGAUGUUCCUGGUGCCAUCUGUGGGACUUGGACCAGAGAAGACGCCAUUGUAGUAUGCAGGAUGUUGGGCUACAAGUCAGUAGAUAUAUAUUUACAUUGAUAUGCUUUUUAUAGAGCAAAGUAUGAGACAAUGAUUGUCAUUUCCGGCUGAGUGACUUCGUUAUACACUUAUUUAAAUGUUUUUUCCAUUAAAAUAGAUUGAACUGACUGAGCUACAUUUCAUUCUUUUAUAGAAAUACAAACUUUAAGCAUUUCGGAUACAACAUAACUAUGUAAAAUAUUCUAUAAUCUAAGAUAUUCUUUUCAUUAUUAAAUACAUAUGUUUUGCACUAGAAGUGGUUUGUUGAAAUAUUAUGUAAUUGGACAUACAAUGAAUGUAUUCGAUCAUCGUGAGUUAAAACUAGCUUAAUUUAAAAUUUGGGAAUUUGUUUAGUACUACUAACAACUUGUUGCAUUCUUUUAUAUGAGGGUGCAUACAAGCUCGCUCACCAUGGCUCUAUUAUUAAUAAUAUUAUUAUUAGCGAUUUUAUAUAGCGCUGUACCCCAGCAUAGGGUUUAUCGAAGCAAUUUACAAAAAAUUACCAUCAAUAAUUUAAAUCAUUUGAAAUUAAACUGAUAGAUACAUUUUGUGAUUGAAAAAUACAACUUUACAAAAACUCUCUAAUGACGUUAAAAAAAUUAUUCAAACUAUUACCUGAUACUGAAUUUUCUAAUUACCACAUAAUACUUCAGUCUUCUAGUUAUUACUUAAUGUUAAAACUCAAAUCUUCUAUUUACUACUUAAUAAUCGAAUCCUCUAAUUACUACUUAAUACUCGAAUCUUCUAAUUAAUUCCUAUUUCAUUUAGUGAUGGCAACAACGUACCAUAUAUCAAUUCGUACAAAGAGGGAAAUCAUAAUUUUCUGAUGAGUAAUCUGAGAUGUACUGGUCAGGAGACAUCACUCUCAGAUUGUCCUAGGGAUCCAGACGUUAACUGUCCAUACGUCGUAAGUUUAAAAAAAAAAAUAGAUUUCGUUUGAUCUCACUAGAUAAUUUUUGGUACAAAACACACCUUCUUUAGACGGAUCUCACUAGAUUAGCUUUGGUACCAAAUACACCUUCUUUAGAGGAAUCUCACUAAGUUAGCUUUGGUACAAAACACAUCUUUUUAGAGGGAUCUCACUAGACUAGCUUUGGUACCAAAUACACCUUCUUUAGACGGAUCUCACUAGAUUAGCUUUGGUACCAAAUACACCUUCUUUAGAGGGAUCUCACUAAGUUAGCUUUGGUACCAAAUACACCUUCUUUAGACGGAUCUCACUAGAUAAUUUUUGGUACUAAACACACCUUCUUUAGACGGAUCUCACUAGAUUAGCUUUGGUACCAAAUACACAUUCUUUAGAGGGAUCUCACUAAGUUAGCUUUGGUACAAAACACAUCUUUUUAGAGGGAUCUCACUAGAUUAGCUUUGGUACCAAAUACACCUUCUUUAGAGGGAUCUCACUAAGUUAGCUUUGGUACAAAACACAUCUUUUUAGAGGGAUCUCACUAGAUUAGCUUUGGUACCAAAUACACCUUCUUUAGAGGGAUCUCACUAAGUUAGCUUUGGUACAAAACACAUCUUUUUAGAGGGAUCUCACUAGAUUAGCUUUGGUAUCAAAUACACCUUCUUUAGUGGGAUCUCACUAAGUUAGCUUUGGUACCAAAUACACCUUCUUUAGAGGGAUCUCACUAGAUUAGCUUUGGUACAAAAUACACCUUCUUUAGAGGGAUCUCACUAAGUUAGCUUUGGUACAAAACACAUCUUUUUAGAGGGAUCUCACUAGAUUAGCUUUGGUACCAAACACACAUUCUUAGAUGCAUCUCGCUAGAUUAGCUUUGGUACCAAAUACACCCUUUUUAGAGGGAUCUCACUAGAUUAGCUUUGGUGCAAAACACAUCUUUUUAGAGGGAUCUCACUAGAUUAGCUUUGGUACCAAAUACACAUUCUUAGAGGGAUCUCACUAGAUUAGCUUUGGUAGCAAACACAUCCUCUUCACGCGUAGUCACUAGAUUAAAUCUUCAACUGAAGAUGCAUAUACAACAAAUAAUCAUUAUGUCAAUUAAGGGGCUUAGGGUUAGGAAAUAUACGACUAUUGAUUUCAAUUUUAACUGCAUAAAUACACGGACAUUUGGUAGUGUUGACGGUUUCAUCUGAAAUACACAUGAAAUAUUAGUUUUUAUGGAAGUAUCCAUAGUUGAGGUGAUACUUGACCGAGGCAUACCUUAUCACACACCGGGCUUUAAGAGCAUAACAUCUGUAAAGGUCAAGGUAACAAGUGUUUUUAGUGACGCGACCUUAAUCUCAAAACAAAACAACAAGAAAAAAAAAACAAACACAAAACUGAGUGAUAUUCUUCUGUUAAGUGCAAACCUAAUAUUAAACAAAUCUGAGUUUUUUUAUUGUCCAAAUUUCAGAGUAAUGAUGUUGUAGUGUCCUGCACCAAUCCUACAUUAACUCCAGUGGAAUCAUACACCAAUGGCGUUGCUGCCAAGGCUAACAAAGUGACGUUAGCGCCAGUGUCAUUGUCCAGUCGCACUGAUUAUGCUGAGUACACACAAUGCCAGCCACGUAGGUUUUUUUUCUUCGCUUCUUACAUUUCUAAAAGACAUAUGACAAGGGGCGAGCCUAACAACAAUGACCAACUAUUGGGGAGAGCCAGGUGAUCUUUUCCCCAUGCAGCAAGACGGAUCAUUCUUAAACAAUGUGUUGGCAUUUAAGUACAAUACUUUCAUUUAGUACAACACUUUCAUUAAGUACAACACUUUCAUUAAGUACAACUCUUUCAUUAAGUACAACUCUUUCAUUAAGUACAACUCUUUCAUUAAGUACAACACUUUCAUUAAGUACAACUCUUUCAUUAAGUACAACUCUUUCAUUAAGUACAACACUUUCAUUAAGUACAACUCUUUUAUUAAGUACAACACUUUCAUUAAGUACAACACUUUCAUUAAGUACAACACUUUCAUAAUGUAGAAAGCUUUCAUUUAGUACAACACUUUCACAACGUGCAGCGCUUUUAUUAAGUUCAAGGCUUUCAUUGUAAUAGUAUAAUAAAAUAUCACCUUAAGUCUGUGUAACAAAAAACCUUUGAUUUAAAAGUCUGCAGUAUUUUUAUACCCCACAUCACUUGACAACCCCACAUCACUUGACAACCCCACAUCACUUGACAACUCACUCAAGUUACCCAAACAAUUUUCACACAUUGUAGUUGAAACAGUCAUGAAAACAACUCACCACGUCCAGUUAUACAACAUGGAAAAACACAGACUAUUAGGUCAAAACGUUUGUACAUGCUGCAGCAAUAAUCGUAUGUCACUCAUAAUGCCACAUCUCCCUUUUAAUAAGACAAUCAAUAGUUCAUCAAGCUAUGAAUGCACAAUUAUAUCAAUAUGAUUAGGGAAUAUUGUCCGUCUUUGAAUGCACAAAUGUUUCAAAUAUUGAUUGUCUUUAUCAAGGUAGCAUACUAGUGGUUCCACUUGCCUAUCAUAUCUUGUUUUCACUUGUGCUGGAAUAUGAUUGGUGGCAGUUUGUAGGCGACACAUUGACUACAGUCUCUAUUUCAACCUCUGGGUUGGUACCUUUUGGUUCAUGGGUUGGUACCUUUUGGUUCAUGGGUUGGUACCUUUUGGUUCAUGGGUUGUAUCGGGGAUUUCCUGUUCGAAUGCACCCGGAGAACUGCUUUGCCCGCAAAAUGUCUCUUUUAACAUUUUCCGAUUUCCUUGAUAAGCAAUCCCAUCGGUUGUCUUGACAAGUUAUGACCUUGGCGUGGAGACUUCUAUGACCUUAGUGAAGAGGCAUCUGAGAUAACUACUGCUGGCUGCCCUGGCAUGAGCUUUGAGGGCUGUUAUGCAUAUGGACACUGCUCCCAGGCUGAAUAUGUGGACGGCCCUUCAGUUUCGCAGUUUUGCUGUAAUUUCUUCCUUGAGUGUAUUUUUUUCUCUUCUAGAUGCUGGCCAUUUCUUUUGGGUCUAGAACUUAAGGCUUGAGGUAGGGGCAUCAGUAGCAGGAAGAGUUGAUCUUAGGCGUCUGCCCAUGUGUAGCUGUCAGAUGAAGGUAUAUUGGGGGGGGGGUGGAGCAUUUCUAAAUUGCAAGAGGAAUUUUCAUGAAUCUUGGCCCAAAGAGUUAGCUUUCUUUAAAAGUGUCUUUACUGCCUAUAAAGCGCUUUUAACCACGCCAUUGGACUGUAGGUACCUGUAGCUUGAAUUGAUUUGACUAGAUCUCCUGCAUUUUGAGAAUUUUAGAAACUCUUCACAGCAAAACUUGGGUCCAUUGUUACAAAUUACUUUUCUUUGGAUGCCAUGGUUAGCAAAUUGAGACGUCAUUUGAAUAAUCACACCACAAGCUCUGAGAAACGGAAUGAGACUAAAUUCAAAGAAUCUGCUGUAGUAAUAAAAAAAAAAGUAAAUUGUUGUUUCCAGUAUAAUUGAAAAUAUUAGCUCCAUUUUUUUUUGCCAAGGAAGCGCUGGGAUCGCGUUGGCCAUCAGAUGAUCUUUUUGCUGGGACAUUGGACAACCACUGCAGACUGAGCAACUCGAUAAAAUGUCUUUGAUCUGUGAUGUCAUUCUUGGGCAGGAAAUUAAAUUCUCUUGCUGUAGCCAAUCAUUUAUCACGCCCUAAAUGUCCCUGAUUAUGUCUCUUGAAGAUUUCUUUCUGCAGUGUUUUUGAAACUAUAAUUUGCUCUCCUUUGAAAAGUAAACCUUGGGUUUCACUUAGUUCUUAUUUGAAUCCAGCAUACAUUCUUAUUUCUUGUGGAAUCUGAUAUUUUCUAUCUGGCCAUAUUGCUAAAAUAGGCUGCCUUAAAUGUCUCAGAGUAGCAACGUCCUUUGCUUGUUGAAAUACUUUCAUUUUUUCUUCUGCAAAAAGUAGACUGUUGGCUAUUAGAUGAACCUGUGCGUCCCAGUCAUCACUUGAUGGAUAAUGCCUUGGUAGUGAUGAUCAUAAGAGGGUUUCUAAGAUAAAAAUUUCUUUGCCAGGAUUUAAUCCAAAACGAUUUCAUAUUUUAUGAGUCAUAGAAGAAUUCUCUGAAGCCUGGUUCGUGCAGAUGACAAAGGCUUUUAAUGGUCGUGUCCAAUGGCUUGUGAUCUGUCUCUAUUAUGACCUGGCGCUCAUAGACAGAGUAAUGUCUCUCAUAACAUUUUCUGAUUUCCUCGAUAUGUAAUCCCAUCAUUAAUGAAAGAAUGCAUCAUUCAACUUUAAAAAAUCCUUGAAAAUUACUUUGGUAUUUCUGGUUCAGUUUUGGCUUGGUUUAGGUCCUAACUCUAUGAAAAAAUUCAGGCGGUCUCUGUCGAUGGCUGUCUCUCGGACAGUGCUGAUUUGGUGUACGGAGUGUGACAGGCGUCCGUUUAGAGCUAUUCACAAUGUAUACCAGGCCACUGCUCCUCUUGCUCGAGAGGCAUGCUACGGAGAGCCAGUCAUUCUCAGAUGACACGCAGCUAUACAAGCAUAACCAUCCCUCUCUUGUCGAUUCCGCUGUCCGUACUUUGUGGGAGAGCAUUGGUGAUGUCGAGACAUGGAUGACACUCAGCAAGUUGAAGCUUAACAAUGACAAAACGGAAGCAAUUCUUAUGCACGAUAACAAAUCAUCCUUUAACUCAACCCUCCCCACUUCAUUUCAUGGAGGUAACUAAGACAUACAGUUUACAUCGUCCGCUAGGAAUCUUGGUUAUAUUCUAAAUAACAAAAUGUCUCUCGAUAAUCAUGUCUCUCACAUUUAUUGCUCUGCAUACACCGCUAUUCAUCAGACUAGCUCUAUUCGCCACUACCUCAAAGUUAGGGGGAAAAAAACCUAUAGUCCAUGCUCUUGUUCCCUCUCUCAUCUUGACUAUUGUAGCUCACUUCUUUCAGGUUCAUCAAAACACUUCUUAGACAAAUAACAAAAGGUUCGAAACUCAGCUGCAAAUCUAAUUCUAAAGGCGAAAAAAACGUGAUCACGUCACACCACUACUUCAUUCACUUCAUUGGCUCCCUGUACAAGCGUGGAUUGAUUACAAACUUUCUGUUCAUUUCCAUAACUUUUCCUCGAAUUCCUCCCCUUCCUUUCUCACUGAACUUCUCUCUGUCUAUUCACCCCUUCGACAACUUCGCUCCUCCGCAGACGCGCGUAUUCUUUCUGUCCCCAAGACUCGCACAAAAACACACGGUAAACGAUCUUUCUCUUUCUGUGCACCCAAACUAUGUAAUUCUCUUCCACUACACAUCCGCAAUAUACCGACCUUAACAGCCUUCAAAACUGCACUCAAGACACAUCUCUUUAAACUUUACUAUCCUGACUGAUGCCCCCACUAGAACCUCUCUAUCAGCGGGUACCACUGGCCUAAUAAGUGAGUUAAUUUUGAUUGUAUACUCUUCUUCCAUGGAAACAAGACCACUGAAUAUAUCUGCAAAGGAAGACAAUGUUUUGUAUCCAAUAACAUCCGCCCUUUUAAUAAGAUUCAGUGGAUGGCAACCCAGCAGUCCCAAAGUUAGCUUGGAUUGCGUGAUUACAAUUUAAAAUUCAAACCUCUCAGUUUGUUUCCUUGACUGUGCCUUUGAUCAAUGCCUUGCCUACAACACACACUCGUUCAGUACUGUAUGUCGUUAGCCUGGCAGUUGUCUUCGGCAGUGUCCUCCUUCCAAGUUGACUAAACAAUCUGUUGAGGAGAAUUUUUACCUGGGCUCCAAUCACAAAUCAUCCUCUACCUCAACUCUUCCCACCUCAUUUCAAGUAGGUAACUCCGACAUCCAGUUUACACCCUCUGCUAGGAAUCUUGGUUAUAUUCUUUCUAACAACAUGUCUCUCGAUAAACAUAUCUGUCACAUUUGUCGUUCGGCAUACACCGCCAUCCGUCAGAUCAGCUCCAUACGUCACUACCUCACAGUUAGCGCAACAAAAACUCUAGUCUGUGCUCUUGUUCUCUCUCGUCUUGACUAUUGCAACUAACUUCUGUCAGGUUCACCGAAAUAUUUUAUAGAAAAACUGCAGAAAGUUCAAAACUCUGCUGCUAGGCUUGUUCUUAAGGCAAAAAAACGCGAUCACAUCACUCCACUACUCCACUCACUACAUUGGCUCCCUAUACAGGCACGCAUUGACUACAAGCUGUCUCUUCUCUGUCACAACUUUUUCUCGGAUUCCUGCCCUUCCUAUCUAACUGAACUUCUUUCUGUCUAUUCACCCCUUCGACAACUUCGCUCCUCCGCAGACUCGCGUAUUCUGUCCGUUCCCAAGACACGCACUAAAUUAUAUGGUGAACGAUCUUUCUCUUUCUGCGCCCCCAAACAAUGGAAUUCUUUGCCACUACACAUCCGCAAUAUAACAACCACACAGGCCUUCAAAACUGCACUCAAAACACAUCUAUUUAAACUAUACUACUCUGACUGAUUCUCCUCCUAUAAACCGAUAAACGUACAUGGGUUUCCUUGUAAAAAUGUCUGGUGUGGGUGGAUGAAUAUACCUAUGGUGUUGUUUUGCUUAUAUGUUGUUUUUAUUUCAUUUAUGUAUUUUAUUUUAAUAUUAUGAUUAUGCCUCUUUGCUAUAUAUGUACAGCGCGGUGAGCCCAGCCCUAGGCCGGGGUACCGCGCUAUAUAAGACCACUUAUUAUUAUUAUUAUUAUCAUUUAGUGUGUGCGGGACAUUUUCUUGGUAGUUACUGUUUGUAUUUGCCCACGGUCUUCUUGAUAUCCCUUCACCUGACGUCACUGCCUGUGCACCACAUUAGUUACUCAGUAGUCUAUGCUGCCACUCCAUUGUCUCCGCUGACCUGCAUAUGUUUUCCGCCGUCAGGACAUUCAGGUCAGACUCUUUGUCCUUUAUCAACGAGUCUUCCACACUUUCGAAUGCACAUGACUUUGUCUGGGGUUUGAAGUCGACUGAAAAAUAUCAAAUGUGUCUCAGCCACUUUGACUUCAUCAAAAAGAAAUAAUGAAUGGUUUCCAUUUUUGUUAAAUUCUUCCUUGGUAAACAGUGAUUCUCAAAUUUCUUCAAAAUAGAAUGGACUGUGUGGAAAAGGCCUAUUUAUGUCACAUUUUUCGUCAGUUAAUUGAAUCGUAUUGGCAACUUCAACUGCAACCUGACCUAUCGACUGCAACCUGGCCUAUCAACUGCAACCUGGCCUAUCAACUGCAUCCUGGCCUAUCAACUGCAACCUGGCCUAUCAACUGCAUCCUGGCCUAUCAACUGCAUCCUGGCCUAUCAACUGCAACCUGGCCUAUCAACUGCAUCCUGGCCUAUCAACUGCAACCUGGCCUAUCAACUGCAACCUGGCCUAUCAACUGCAUCCUGGCCUAUCAACUGCAACCUGGCCUAUCAACUGCAUCCUGGCCUAUCAACUGCAUCCUGGCCUAUCAACUGCAUCCUGGCCUAUCAACUGCAACCUGGCCUAUCAACUGCAUCCUGGCCUAUCAACUGCAACCUGGCCUAUCAACUGCAUCCUCGCCUAUCAACUGCAACCUGGCCUAUCAACUGCAUCCUGGCCUAUCACCUGCAACCUGGCCUAUCAACUGCAGCAAAGUCAUGCUCAGCCCCUCUUUACUCUUGGUAGCCAGGCCACAGGCUGUCUUGUAAACUACAAAAGACUGCUUACAUCUCUUCCAAUGCACGGCAACAUUUCCAUUUAAUUUCAGCUGUGGUGGCUGGUGGUGUCGCUCCAUCUGACACCAUGUAAUAGUAUAAUAAGAUAUCAACUCUAGUCUGUGGUCUGUGUUGCAACUCACCUUUCAUUCACAAUUCUACAUUAUUUUUAAUACCCCACAUCACAUGACCACUCACUCCAGUUCUCCAACCCAUAUUCACAGAUUAAAGGCUAAAUAUUCCACAAUGUCCAGUCAUACAACACGCACAACGUCCAGUCAUACAACACGCACAAAGUCCAGUCAUACAACACCCACAACGUUCAGUCAUACAACACGCACAACGUCCAGUCAUACAACACGCACAGAGUCCAGUCAUACAACACCCACAACGUUCAGUCAUACAACACGACAAUCGGGUCGUAAACUUUAAUGAGUAAACACUACAACAGUAAGCGUCAGUCAUGCAUCAUGUCACAGUCAAUGAGUACAGUGCCUUUAUUCACUGCAACACUUUCAUUAAGUACAACGCAGUCAUUAAUUACAGCGCUGUCAGUAAGUACAACACUUCCAUUAAGUACAACGCAGUCAUUAAUUACAGCGCUGUCAGUAAGUACAACACUUCCAUUAAGUACAACGCAGUCAUUAAUUACAGCGCUGUCAGUAAGUACAACACUUCCAUUAAGUACAACGCAGUCAUUAAUUACAGCGCUGUCAGUAAGUACAACACUUCCAUUAAGUACAACGCAGUCAUUAAUUACAGCGCUGUCAGUAAGUACAACACUUCCCAUCUACUUUUCCAUGUCAUUUAAACUGGACAAAAGUAAACCUUUGAAUUUACGCAUAUUCUCACAUAUUAUACACAUAAGAUCUACAAGACUGUAUCAAUCAAUGUUUUAAAUUUUAAUUUAAGAGGAGUUUUUUUUUUAAUCGAUGUUGAUAUUAUUAAUGGUACACACUACUUAAGAAUAUCAAUAUUUAAUGGUACAUUAGGUUAUUUAAGUUGUCGAUAUUUGUUGCACGACGUUAUUAAAGUAGUGUUAGUGUUCUUAAUCAUGGAUGUAUGCUUUAUUGAUAAAAAAACUGAUACUAUAUAGUUAUACUUGGGGGUUCAUUAAAAAAAUGUCUGCGUGAUUUAUUCGCAUAAAGAUGAUUUUGGUAAACAUAUUUUAGAUAUACACCAUUAAGACAUUUUAAAAUAAACAUUCUAUAAAUAGCUUGUUAUAUUAUGAUAUAUAAUAUAUAUUUUUUAAAAUAAAAUAGCCAACCCCACCAUUAGGCUCCACGGUAUUAGAGACAGACCAGGUAUGGGCUAUGUCCAGGUCAAUGUCAAUGGUGAAUGGCAGUACAUCUGUGAUGACAAGUGGAGCGAGAACGAUGCUAAAGUUGUCUGCAGGGAGCUUUGCUACAGGUAAUUAGUGCAUACUUUUAGUGUGUGUAAGAUACACGCAUAAAUUGACUUGCAGCAGUCUAAUAUUAAUUCUGUUUAAAAUCUAAUGCAAACAGUUCGUUCAAUGUAACAUAGCAAGUUAGUAAACUUGUUGCAGUAUUUCCAAAAUAUAGGACUCUACUUUUAAGAUAAAAUUUUCACGGUUUUAAAAUGAUUUUUUUUUGGGGGUGGGGGGGUUUCUUCUGCAUGAAGGUGUCCCCACUCUCUUCCUUUCAGUCUUAAUAUGUAUCGUCUUAAAAUAUUUACAAUACAUUGUUUAACAUAAACAUAUUGGUUAUAUUCAUAAAUAUGUGCCCACAUUCAUGCCCGGCCUUAAACUGUAUGUCUUGUAAAUUAGGCAAACCUAGAUGUCCAUUAGGAUGCAACUAAAAUGGCAUCCUCUCUUUUCUAAUUUACAACUUUUUGGAGGAAUGGGUAUAAUAAUGUAAAUGUAUCCACCGUUUUUCAAAGCCAAUGAACUCUAAUUUCUUAAAAUGGCAUAACAUAUUUUUAUUAGUUUAAAAAUUGAAACUUCUAUGUGACGUCAUCAGAUUUAAAUACAUUCAACAACAUACAAUGUGUUCAUCAUCUUUACUUAACUUGAAAUACAGUUUUAGAGGGUUUUUAAAUGCACUAUCUAAAUUAGUUUUCUCCUCAUCUCCUCAUGUCCCCUAGUCCUUGGACCGUUGGGGCGCCACAGAUGACAUGUGAACCAUCCUCCUCCUCAUUUCCUCAUGUCCCUUAGUCCUUGGACCGUUGGGGGGCCACAGAUGACAUGUGAACCAUCCUCCUCCUCAUUUCCUCAUGUCCCUUAGUCCUUGGACCGUUGGGGGGCCACAGAUGACAUGUGAACCAUCCUCCUCCUCAUUUCCUCAUGUCCCUUAGUCCUUGGACCGUUGGGGCGCCACAGAUGACAUGUGAACCAUCCUCCUCCUCAUUUCCUCAUGUCCCUUAGUCCUUGGACCGUUGGGGCGCCACAGAUGACAUGUGAACCAUCCUCCUCCUCAUUUCCUCAUGUCCCUUAGUCCUUGGACCGUUGGGGCGCCACAGAUGACAUGUGAACCAUCCUCCUCCUCAUUUCCUCAUGUCCCUUAGUCCUUGGACCGUUGGGGCGCCACAGAUGACAUGUGAACCAUCCUCCUCCUCAUUUCCUCAUGUCCCUUAGUCCUUGGACCGUUGGGGCGCCACAGAUGACAUGUGAACCAUCCUCCUCCUCAUUUCCUCAUGUCCCUUAGUCCUUGGACCGUUGGGGCGCCACAGAUGACAUGUGAACCAUCCUCCUCCUCAUUUCCUCAUGUCCCUUAGUCCUUGGACCGUUGGGGCGCCACAGAUGACAUGUGAACCAUCCUCCUCCUCAUUUCCUCAUGUCCCUUAGUCCUUGGACCGUUGGGGCGCCACAGAUGACAUGUGAACCAUCCUCCUCCUCAUUUCCUCAUGUCCCUUAGUCCUUGGACCGUUGGGGCGCCACAGAUGACAUGUGAACCAUCCUCCUCCUCAUUUCCUCAUGUCCCUUAGUCCUUGGACCGUUGGGGCGCCACAGAUGACAUGUGAACCAUCCUCCUCCUCAUUUCCUCAUGUCCCUUAGUCCUUGGACCGUUGGGGCGCCACAGAUGACAUGUGAACCAUCCUCCUCCUCAUUUCCUCAUGUCCCUUAGUCCUUGGACCGUUGGGGCGCCACAGAUGACAUGUGAACCAUCCUCCUCCUCAUUUCCUCAUGUCCCUUAGUCCUUGGACCGUUGGGGCGCCACAGAUGACAUGUGAACCAUCCUCCUCCUCAUUUCCUCAUGUCCCUUAGUCCUUGGACCGUUGGGGCGCCACAGAUGACAUGUGAACCAUCCUCCUCCUCAUUUCCUCAUGUCCCUUAGUCCUUGGACCGUUGGGGCGCCACAGAUGACAUGUGAACCAUCCUCCUCCAUUCCUCGCUGUUAUUUAUUUAUUUAUUUAGGCAUUUUUAUAUAGCGCUUAUCAUAAAGCUCUAAGCUUUAUAAUUAAGUUAUAAUUAAGUUUUGGAAAUAAAUGUACUUAUCAAAUACCCCAAGCCAUAUUGUGGCGUAAAUUGUAUUGUCUGUUGCACCCAGCUAAGCUUGGGCCCAUAAUGUGUUUUCCUAGGCACGCAGCAAUUCUUCGGCGCAUAAUGUGUAUUUUCGUAGGCACCCGACAUAUUGGGGCACAUAAUGUUGCUGUCUUUGUACCAGGCCAUACUGUGGAGCAUAAUUUGUGCUGUUAUUGUACCAGGCCAUACUGUGGAGCAUAAUUUGUGCUGUCUUUGUACCCAGCCAUACUGUAGAGCAUAAUUUGUGCUGUCUUUGUACCUAGCCAUACUGUACCACAUAAUUUGUGAUAUCUUUGUAUCCAGCCAUACUGUGGAGCAUAACUUGUGCUAUCUUUGUGAACCCAGCCAAACUGUACCACAUAACUUGUGCUGUCCUUGUACCCAGCCAUACUGUGGCGCAUAAUUUGUGUUGCAUAGUGUAAAAUAUAAAAUUGCAUCCAUAUCCCCUACAAACAAAGUUUAUGUUUUUAAAAAACAUUAACAAAAGCAGCCUAGAGUUAUUUAUAUCGGUAUUUUUCAAACUUUAAUAUUUAAAGAAAAUAUAACAAUGCAAUUAUCAUUCUUUAACGCCCAUGCUCUACAAAAAAUAUAUAUAUAUAAAAAAUUAAAAUCACAUUCUUCACUUACAACAAAGUUUAGUGUUUUAAAUAUAUGUAGCAUUAACGACUUCAAAAAAUUGUUACCUUUAUUAAAUAUUUGGUAAACCUCUGCCUACCUUCUGGAAUGUAUAUUGUGAAAAUCGUUCUAAAGAAGAUUCUUAUUUUCAAAGCCGCAUAUCGUUUCCAGUUUCAAAAUGCAAAAAAAAAAAAAAAAAAAAAAAAAAAAAAAAAAAAAAACAAUAAACCAAAUUAAAAAAAAAAAAAAAAAAAAAAAAAAAAAAAAAAUAUAAAAAAAAAUCCAUAUUCCGUAUUUAAAUAAAAUCAUAAAACCUCUUAAUUUGUUCCCGUCCCUGAAUUUUAUUUUCCGGAAAUGAAAAAGAAAAUGUAAUUUAUUUUUAAAGUUUAUAUUUUCAAUCCCGCAAAGCGAUUGUGCUUUAGAUAUUGUCAUUCUCAUAAAAAAUUAAAGGACUUUCGUUUUUUUAGAAUUUUAAUUGUAUUUCCGAAAAAUAUUUACAAUACAUUCUAUUUAAUUGAACAUUUUGUUAUCCUUGGAAAUAUUUGCCCUUCAUGGACUUUUGAUAUAUGGAUACACGUCGGUUCAUGUGUCCACAAUGUGUCAGUGACGCUGAAAGGCAUUUUCCGAAAUUACAGUAACUCGUAUUUAAUUUUUUUGGAAAGAAAAUCUAAAAGCUCAUAAUCACCACUGUAAUAUUAUCGAAUUUAACUAUAUCCUUAUUCAGAUAAUAACGCACACAUUCCAUAAGUUUUAUAAUUGGUACAGCAAUAUUAUUUAAACUUAAUGUUACGGAAAUAUAAUUUUCAUUUCACGAAUAUUUAUAAUACAAUGACGCCUUUUAUACAAUCUAACAUUGAGGUUUUCUACUAAACUAAACUAAUAUAAUUUAAUUUUAUAACAAUUUCUUUCAAAUGAAUACAACACUACACAGAGGAAAGCAUUGCUCCAAUCUCUUUCACUAGGCACCUCUGGAAAACACAAAAUCUGGUCUCGUGGUUUCAUUAUUUUCGAAACGUUUUAAAAACAACAUUGGUACUUUAUGUCAAGAAAAUCGAACGCGCUCUAUUGACCUGUUUCAAUAAAGUUCUUAUAAGAUUACUCUAAUUUGUGUUCCAGCAUUUUCAAGCAAAAAUUUUAAUUUUAUAUCCUUUGAAGAGUGACAAUGGUUGUGUAUUUCGAUGAUAUUAGUAUUAAUACUAUUUCUUCACAAAAGACUCUCAAGGCUGUUAAAGACGUGAAUAAAGGUUAAGAGAUUCUUCUUUAGAUUAAAUCAUUAUUUGUUUUCCGAUUUUCAGAUAAUAUAGUAGAAAAAAAGGCACAAGUUUGGUUACACUCUUACUGAAGAUAUCAGUAGGCCUAUACCAAGUAUCCGUUAAUAGAAAAUAUAUCUCAAAUGAUGUAUAGAGCUUCUGUUGCAUAUUUAAGAUUAUGCUUUCACAAUUUUCAAAGGAAAAAAAAAAUGUAUUUCUUGGGCACGUAUUUUUUUGUAUUUCAAGGUAGGGUAGGCCCAGAAUUUAACAAUAAAAAAACACAAAACAUAUAAUAUAUUUCUCUAGCGUAGAAAUGAGCCGUCAAUGAACUCCUGUAGUUACCAUACUGAUUUUUUAGAUUUGGUGUUUUAAGGUCAUGUUUAGAGAAAGCAGUUGUUGUUUAUGAGCGUGGGGUAGUGUAGGCUAUAUAGGCUAUAUAAUAUGUAGCAGAAAAUCUUCUUAACCCUUAAUGAUGUUAGAAAACAGUAAAAAAAAAUAUACUUAAAUAAGCAUAGGUGAUUUAUUUUUAUCAUUUCUAAAUUGAUUUGAUUUCCGUAAUUUAAUAGACAAAUUCUUAUCUUUCUUUUUAAGAAUACGAACCUAUUUAAAAUCAUUUCGUUUUUUAAGCGUUGUGUGAUCAGCCUAGCUUUUUCAUAUCUAUUUAUAUAUGUGAUACGUUUUACAUCUUUGAGAGGUCAAGUAAUUUAACACUGAACACAAUGUUAAUAUUUAAUAGCACCACACACAGGAAAGACGUUUGUGAAACCCCUCCCCCCCCCAAAAAAAAAACAACAAAAAAACAACUUUACAUUAAAAGAUCAUGACUGAUCUAUACGCAACACAAACUUAUUUUCAAAAUAAUUGUAUAGGUCAUAUAGGGAAAAAUUCUAACGUAGAUCUCCGGACCCAGGCAUUUCCUGACAUAAAAUAUUUUGUAUUAUUAGUGUGGGUAAGAUAAGUAAAAUAAGGGCCUUCAAUACAUGGUGUCUGAUCCUUCAAUUAAUUGAUACCAAGCCACACAUUUUUAUUUUUUUCCGUAGCGAACCCACCUGUGCUCGUCCUGGAAUAGAGAAUGAGUACAGCCCCUUACUUGAUGAAACGCCGACAUUUGCAUGGAACAGGGUCCAGUGCACAGGAGAUGAGAACAUCUUAAAUAAUUGCCCCAGGAACAACACCACACCGCCAGGACAAUGUAGUCGACAAGAGCUGGCUGGGGUACAGUGUGUUGUGAUCAAUGAGACUUCUGCUGGUAAUCUUAAACAUAAUUUUAUUACAACUUUAAAUGAGUGUCUUUGCAGUGGCGUAAGACAAGGGUAGUGGUACCUACGACAGUGGCUGGGGUCCGUAAGACAGGGGCAAUGGUCUCAAAGACAGUGGUGGUGGUCCGUAAGACAGGGGCGGUGGUCCGUAAGACAGGGGCGUUGGUCCGUAAGACAGGGGCUGUGUUCCGUAAGACAGGGGGGUGGUCUGAAAAAAGGGGUGGAUGUCCGUAAGGCAGGGGUUGUGGUUCGUAAGACAAGGGCGUUGGUCCGUAAGACAGCCGCGGUAGUCCGUAAGACAGGGUCUGUGGUCUGAAAGACAUGGAUGGUUUUCCGUAAGACAGGGGUGGUGGCCUGAAAGAUAGGGGUGGUCCGUAAGACAGUGGCGGCAGUCCGUAAGACAGAGGCAGCGGUCCUUGAGAUAGGGGUGGCUGUCCGCAAGACAGUGGCGGCAGUCCGCUACGGGUGGAAAUGUAAAAAAAAAUAAGCUUGUUAAGUGGCAAAGUGUUGAACUUGAAAAUGGCUUAGCCACGUCAAAACGACGUGGAUUUGACAAACUGUUCUUGGCUCAGCACCCUUUAAAGAUGAUACAGCUAAACUCAGUGUGUGUUGCUUUUAUUGACACAGCUAUGGAAGCUCAGAUGGAAUGUUCGAACUUAAACGGAGACAUCGUAGUCCACUUCACACACGACAACUUCCCUACCAUAAACGAUGACAGCAUCAGGGUCGCCAACACCCCCGCGGACUGCACGACACGAGCUCAGAGAGUGCAGUCCACUGGGCCGGAAAAAGGGAAUUACAACCUGAGAAUCCCUGCACAAGGUUGUGGUACAACCAAGACUGUGAGUAUUUGGUUCUACUUUUUUAUCUUUCGUUAAGAAUUUCCUUACACUGAAAGAUUUGAACUACAAGAACAACAACAAGACACUGGUUGAGCUGACAGUGUUAUUAAUAGUAUAGAUCACCUUGUGGUGAAAAUAAAGCUCACACGAUCAUACUUUCGUCAAAUUUGCGUCAAUUUUUUUUUAGAAGUCCCUGUUUGUGUAACAACAUAGUUCGCUGAAAAAGAAAUUGGAAGACAAUUUGACGAAAAGUUGAAGAAGAUUAGAUUUUGUGACCUUAGCAUUAUGCUCCAUUGACAGAUUAUAUUAUUAAAUGAUAUCAUUUUAACAUGAUGUACAUUCUAAAUUGCUUUGACAAAUUUGCGCUGAAUUUUAAAAAAUUUUAAACCAAGUUUAAAAAAAGUUAAAUCUAACUUUGAAUGUCAACCAUACAACCAGGACAAUUCUACACACAUUUGCUACAGUAACACAGUGGAGUAUGACAAUGAAGCUUAUAGAGGCAACCUUCUGUUAGACUACAAGAAGAAAACGUAAGUCUUAUUUUUGCUUGCAUUUGUUUAAAAUUUAAUAUCUGCAACCCUAAUUCCAUAUGUUUAUAUAUUUGGUUGAUAGAUUUGGUUGAUAGAUUUGGUUGAUAGAUUUGGUUGAUAUAUUUGGUUGAUAGAUUUGGUUGAUAGAUUUGGUUGAUAGAUUUGGUUGAUAGAUUUGGUUGAUAGAUUUGGUUGAUAGAUUUGGUUGAUAGAUUUGGUUGAUAUAUUUGGCUGAUAGAUUUGGUUGAUAGAUUUGGUUGAUAUAUUUGGUUGAUAGAUUUGGCUGAUAGAUUUGGUUGAUAGAUUUGGUUGAUAGAUUUGGUUGAUAGAUUUGGUUGAUAGAUUUGGUUGAUAGAUUUGGUUGAUAGAUUUGGUUGAUAGAUUUGGUGUGGUCAGCCUAGAAAGGUAAACGUUCUAAAAAAAAAAAAGGAAGGAACAGAAAAGAAAAUAAAAAAAACAAAAAAAAAAAAAAAAAAAAAAAUAAAAAAAAAAAAAAAAAAAAAAAAAAAAAAAAAAAUAAUAAAAAAAAUUUGGUUGAUAGAUUUGGUUGAUAGAUUUGGUUGAUAGAUUUGGUUGAUAUAUUUGGUGUGGUCAGCCUAGAAAGGUAAACGUUCUAAAAAAAAAAAAGGUUGGGCCAGAAAUGCUAAUUACAAAAACAAAAAAAAAACAAAAAAAUAAAGUUAAAAGUUAAACAAAAUAAAUAAAAAAUAAUAAAAUAAUGAAAAAAGUGUAUUAAUUAAAAAACAUGGUACAUAGCAGGAACCAGUUAAUUAAAUGUCGUGGUACUAAGUAAGGAACGAAGCAAUAACAACAAUAACAAUAACCAGAAUUUUUUUUUUGAAAAUAUCAGUUUCUAAAAAACUAAAAAGAAUAAUCGACGAAUAUUGUAGUCGAAUUAUAUGAAUUUAUUUCCCAAUGACAUUUUGGUUCUCUUGUGUCUCCGUAAAUGAGGUUGUCUUCAUGAUGUCCUUCCCGAUAGAAUGUGUAAAUAUAAACUAGUUACAAUUCUUGUAAUUAAAAGACCUACACAAGAUCAUUUCGUCGUUUUUAAUCUGUUCAUUUUUAUAUAAAAAAUACAAAUCUUGAACUCCCAUUUAACAUUCUUAAAUACUUGCAUUUAAAAAAAACCUUUGAAAGACAGAUUUCAAACAUUAUUCCUUAAUCAAAAUUAAUAAAAAUCUUAUUGCUAAACUAUCGAAAAGCAAGACUGUGUUACUCUUCCAACCUCAGCUUCUCAGUAAGCUGCUGUAUGCCAACUGACAAGAACGUCAGCAUUAAGUUCAUCCCCAAGACCCAGGAAUACGCCCAAAGCAUGAGUCAAACAUUCGACUACACGGUAAACGUUCAAUAAUGUAUUAUACAUUCGUUCAUUCUUUGUCUACCAUUCGUAUGAACAAUGGCUUUAGGCAUCCAUUACCAUUAUAGUAUAAACUUUGGUUAUUUUAUUUAAAAGGGAUUUAAUUUCCUUAAAGAUUGUUCAAAUUUAUAACUAUAUGUUGUAAAGUUUCACAGUUUUACAAUUUAUUAAAUGACCUAUGAUUUUGGCUAAAAUGUCAAAAUCAUACUAGUUGAUUUUUUAGGAAAGACCUUUUCAAAGUAAUCCACUUUAACUAUACAUAAAUGAAUGUUAAUUUCAAAUAUUAGAAACUAUGUAAUGAAACCUAAUUCAAACGUAAGGUAAGUAAUGCUGUUAGAUUUGGUGUCUCCUGAAUUGGUAUGUGCUAGAUAAAGUGACAAGCUCAAUAUUUUGUGACAGACAUAUUAAGGUAUUUCAAAGUAAUGCCUAUAGCUAUUUUCUCCACAGCCUGAGAUCAGCUUCUACCAGAAUGAAAGAUGCGAUGACAAAAUCACCAGAGACCCUUACACCGUGGAGGUCGGCGAUUGGGUGUACAUUGGCGUCAGUGUCAAGGCCGAGAACCAGUCCCUGUUCAGAGACAGUGAUCUGAAGCUGGUCGUAACAGGUUGUACCGCCAACCCCAUUCGAGGAGAUAAGAUCAGUAACGCCCCCGAAAUUGCGACAUUAAUUGACGAAAAGUAUGUGGCUAGAGGAUAGAUUAAAUACAUUUUAAAAAUGCGUUGAGUAUGUUCCCACACAAAGAAUAAUUUAUAAAGAAAUUAAAAAAAAAACACUAUUUUACGUUAGCGUAAAUUUUAACUUUCAUGAAAUAGUUAUACAUUGAGAUCAGUGACUAUAAUAUUUUCUAAACUAUUCAGAAGAAGUCAAUCUGUGUUUAUAUUCAUUAAUGCUUUAAUAGAGGUAAAAUACCCGAAACAACAACAAACAAAUAAACAAAAAACACCAAAAAAAAUUAAAUAAAAAAACUUAAAGAACACUUUAAAAACCCUUUAAAUUAUUUUUUUUCAAGUUAGCUCAGGAAUAUAAAUAAUUCAUUGGCGACCAUUUAAGUGUUGAUGUGACAUUGGUAGAUCACUUUUCUGUUAUUAGCACUAGAUCCACGCAAACAAGCAUUGUGGUUUUAGAAAUGUCUAAAUGGAGGCCAUUUUGGUAAACACAAUAGUCUAUUAACUGCUUCCUUAGAUUGAACUAGGAAUUCACAACUCUGAUGUCAUUAAGUGAAUUUGAGUUUUCAUUAUCACGCACAAGGUCCGUUGGUUUCUUAUCAAAAUGAUCCUUUAUUUAUCUGAUGUUGCUGUCAGUACAGUCUCUUAGGUUCUGAAAUUUGUGUUUGUUUACAUUUUUUACCAGCCACCAAGCUAGGUACAUUGUUGUUGUAAGAAGUAUAUUUAGCACAAUAACACCAUUGUUGUUAGAAGUAUAGUUAGCUUAUUUCCUACUGAUCUUGUAAGAAGUAUGGCACUUUUCACUACUGCUGUAAGAAGUAUAAUUAGCACUUUUCACUACUACUGUAAGAAGUAUAUUUAGCACGUUUCACUACUGCUGUAAGAAGUAUAAUUAGCACUUUUCACUACUGCUGUAAGAAGUAUAAUUAGUACUUUUCACUACUGCUGUAAGAAGUAUAUUUAGCACUUUUCACUACUGCUGUAAGAAGUAUAGUUAGCACUAUUUCACCACUACUGUUAAAAUUGUGUGUGUUUUUUCUCCCACCGUAGAUGUCCAUCUGAUCUGGCCAGUGUCACCACCUACCCCAUCAGCAACACCACUGAAGGUUUUCGAUUCAGAGCUUUCAAGUUCUUCGGCUACUCCUCUGUCUACGUCAGAUGUCACCUGCGUGUCUGCCUAUCGUCAGAUCCCAAGCCCCAGUGUGAUAGGUGAGAUGCGUAUAAUAUACGUUAAUAAUAACGAUUUAAUAAUACAUUUUUAAAGAGAAAAACAUGGAUAGCGAAAGUAUGUUUUUUUUUUUUUUAAAUUAAAAUACAUCUCACUAUAUUUAAAACACUUUCUCUCUAUAAAUUCUAGCUUCUCGUAACACGUCUUAUUUUUAUUUUUUAAAAUAAUAUUAAACAAUUAAAACCCUACAGUCGUAAAAUUAUCCAUAAACACAUUGUAGACUGACUGAUAACUUCAAACGUUAUAUUUGAUAUACAAUUUAUGAUUUUUAUUGUUAUAUUAAAAUGAAUCUAACCAUCGUUCUAUCUUCUUCAUUUUUUUCUAUCUUUAGAUCCUGCGUUAAAAGUAACAUCGUUGGACGUAAGAGGCGUAACUUGGCUGAUAAAGUAACUGGACUGGACACAGUUGUCUCCCAGGUUCUACAGAUCACCGACCCGAUGCAGCCCCCAUUGAAUGCACUGCCAGCCCAGUCACACGAAGACAGGAUGGUUGAAAGGACCAAUCUACGUUUUCUUAAGCUUUAAGAUUAACGGUCCAUGACAAGGCUGACCUAGUUAUUUAUAGCUUGUGAUUCUGGGAAUUUGCGAGUUCGGAGAAUAAUUUCA